AUGGCUGGAAUUGCAAACCUCUCGCGGGUGCCCAAGAACAGUGGUAUUUACCAAACUAUGGAGGUGUCGAUUCUCAUGUGCUUCAUGAUCGUGCUAUGUAGCACCAGGAGCUCCACUCGCAAGCCCAACAACAGCGAUUCCGAAGCUUGCAAGCCCAUCUCCAGCGUUAAUUUCAAUGCCACCAUCGCUCCAGACUUCCCGAAUUGCUGCAUCCCAGGCUUGGCUUACAGGACUUUCACCUGCUCUCCAAAUUUACAAGGGACCAACAAUGCCGUCCUCUAUGUCACAAGCUUCAACCUCUCAAAUCCGAGGUCUCUCAGGCCGUGUACGUACUCGGAAUGGAAUAUGGAACCCAUGGCAGCGCUGGCCACUGGAUGGUAUAGCCAAGACCGAAGCUUGUGCUUGAAAAACAUCCAAGUUUUAGCUCCAAACAGACGGACUGUGGUCGCUAGAAUGGUGGCUGAAUGCUACUCCCCAAACGGGUGUCUCAGCGAUCAUUCGUUCACGGAGCCCUGUGCUCCAAACGCUGUGGCUGCGAACGAGCAAGUGUGGAGGAAGCUUGGGGUGGUGCUUAGCGUCGUAAUCUUCGUAGCAACCAGGAAGUGGAGAAGAUCUCGGAGGAGGCGCAUGGAAAAGCAAGCGCUCAUCGAAGGAAUGAGGCUCGAUGAGAUACUUCCACACCAGUUUAGCUAUCACGACUUGAAGAUGGCAACUAGAAACUUUGAUCCCGAGCUCACGCUUGGAGCUGGAGGAUUUGGAUCCGUCUUCAAAGGAGAGCUUGCGGAUGGGAGCCUCGUUGCUGUCAAGAAGAUGGACGUAAAGAUCCAAGGCUCGUCAAAAGGGCACUCGCAGUUCAAGGCCGAGGGACCAGCUGCAUUGCUUGUCUACGAGUUCAUGCCCAAUGGAUCACUGGACAAGUGGAUCUUCACCAAGAACGAUGAUGACAAAGGUGGCGGAUCAGCAAAUCUGCUGUUAAACUGGAACCAGAGACACUCAAUCGCGAUAGAUGUUGCUCGAGGACUCACAUACCUCCAUGAAGGAUGCCGGAAGCAAGUUCUUCACCUGGAUAUCAAACCUCAAAACAUCCUCCUGGACGAGAACUUACGAGCCAGAAUCUCCGACUUUGGCCUGAGCAAGCUCGCCGAGUGGGGAAAGAGCCAAGUGGUGACUGUCAUGCGAGGAACUCCCGGAUACAUGGCACCCGAGUGGCUCCACACCAAAGUCACGUUUACAGCUUUGGAAUCUGGCAACGUCAUCGAGCUUAUUGACAACAAGCUCCUGGACAAUGAUCUCGCCAGCACUAGCAGUGGCUUGGAGCUCAAGGAUGCCAAGAGGUACGUGAAAAUCGGACUGUGGUGCAUCCAACUCGAGGCAGCAAUCCGCCCCUCUAUGAGAAACGUCCUGGAUAUGCUCGAAGGUAACAUCGACGUUCUUGAUGCCACCACCUUCAAGUGA